CCCGAACCCACCCCUACCACGACCCCCGAACCCAAAACUACCACGACCCCCGAACCCACCACUACCAUGACCCCAGAACCCACAAUUCUUCCACCAAUCACAAAGCCAUACCUGGAGUGUGGGAGGAAAGUCCUAAAAGUGGGGCUCCCGUCGGCUGAGAUGAAGGCCAUCGGCCUGGACUCCUCCUCGGCACACCUGUCAGAUCGUCUCUGCUCCACUCACCUGGAACGUGACGGGAAGGUGUGGUACCAGGUGGAGCGCAAGGAGGGAAGCUGUGGAAACAGUCUGAAGACCAACGGAUCUCACGCUAUCUUCUCCAACAACAUCUUCGUUUACCCUUUGAACCUAGCUUCUGACUCUCUGUCUCAACCAAUCAGAAUCCACUUCUCUUGCAUCUACCCAAUGGACACAGAGACCAGUCUGGAUGUGGUAAUAAAGCCUUAUUUGGGAAUGGAUGGAGUAGGCCUGGUGAAUGUGGGUCCCAAGGCCAAGGCCUCCAUGUCUCUGUUCCACAGCGCUGACUACAUGGAGCCUUACCCAGCAGGCCCGGUCACUCUGCCCCUGGGCUCCAUCCUGCAUGUGGGCGUGUCCGUACAGGAGACGGAGACUGAUCGCUUUGUGGUCGUUUUGGAGGACUGCUAUGCCACCCACUCCGCCAAUCCUUACAAUCUCACAAGAUACUUCCUCAUCCAGCACAAGUAUGUGUGCAUGUUUGUGAGUGUGUAUGUAGCGUCAGUUGUUAUAUUAUUGUCCAACUCUUCUCUUUCCACCUCCAGGUGUCCUACCGACCAUCACCAGGUGACCGUGGAGGAGAGUGGCUUGUCCCUCCAGGCUCGUUUCUCUGUGCUGCUGUUCCUGUUCCAGGGGGACUACAGGGACGUCUACCUGCACUGCAGCCUCAACCUGUGUGACCAGAGGACCUCCUCCUGCUCUCCUGUGUGCUCUAGAAGGACGGCCCGCUCUGUCUCUGAGUCCCUCCACCUCAAGCCGCUCACCAUCGGACCAAUCACCUGGACCAGAGUCUAGAGUGAGCUGAUGAUGUCACCCCUCCCUCAGAACUGAUUUCUGGAAAAACAACAUGUAGCCAUAAUCAUGGUGACCACGACAUCAUCUCUCCUGUCUAAUCUAAAUUGGGAUGUUUCACUGUGUAACCUUUGUAAUGGAAAAUUACGGUACCUUUUUAAAACCUGAUGUAAGUUCAUCAGGUUCCACGUGCAUCAACGCACUACCAUCUUAGAAAACACCACUAUUGUUUUAUAGUGUUUAUUUUCAGUUCCUUAUUGAGUGUCUUCCUUGAAUGAAUAAAAUGUAUGUAUCUC